AAUACUGACGUUCCCUUGUUGUUCCAUAACACACCCGAACUACCGUAAAGUCUUUAUCCCCGGAGCCCACGCGUACAUUCAGUUUUAAACAGUACUACGGAAAGUGUUGGGCAACAUUUCAAUUUCGCCGACUUGUUUUUAAACACUUGUCCAGCUGCUUUGUUGAUAUUCGCCUCUUCCGCAGAUCCUGAUGACGUAGUUGCAGACAUGCGCAGUCGGGACCAGCUUUGUUGAGUUGCUACAUGCUAGCUACGCCGCUAAUCAGUAUUUCCUGCCUGCCUGGGACUGGACUCAGCUAUGGAUAUCGACGCUUUGGUGGAAGCUUUUCAAGAUUUUGACAAGAAAGGGAAAAAAGAGAUAUGUCCUGUUCUAGAGCAGUUCUUGUGUCAUGUUUCCAAGACAGGACAACCAAUGAUCUUGUGGUCACAAUUCAAAUCAUACUUCAUGUUUAAGUUGGAAAAAGUCAUGAACGAUUUCCAUGCUUCAAUGCCGGAACAGAGAGGACCACAUAACCCCAACGUUGAGUACGUUCCCUUUGAAGAAAUGAAAAAAAGGAUCUUAAAGAUUGUUGAUGGUUACAAUGGAAUUCCAUUCACCAUCCAGCGCCUGUGUGAGUUGCUUACGGAUCCCAAGCGGAAUUAUACAGGUACAGACAAGUUUCUCCGAGGCUUGGAAAAGAAUGUAAUGGUCGUCAGCUGUGUUUACCCCACAUCAGAGAAAAAUGGAGCAUCGAGCUUAAACAGAGUUAACGGAGUGAUGUUUCCUGGGAACUCCUCUCUGUAUUCAGACAGUCGAAAUGUGAACGGACCAGGCACACCAAAAACACUCAACAGACUAAAGCUGUCGAUGUCGACUUCACUUUCCACUAACGGGCUCCCUGACUGUCCAGUCAAUAAAGAACCAGACCCAACCGCUGAGGUGGAGGAGCACCAUAUGAGUGAAACAUCGCCACCGGUAGAUGAAGUGAAACCAAAAAGUGCGAUAAAGAACAAACACCCAGAGGAAGAGGAGGACACUGACGGUAACGACCAAGAGGCCAAGAGGCCGAAGUUUGAUGUAAAAGAAGAGGAUGAAGCAAAAAGUGAAGAAGAUGAUGAAGUAAAAAGUGAAGAAGAGGAGUCGUCUUGUCAUAAAAACACUGAGAGCCUGUCUAAGUCGCAGGAAUCAUCAGAAGACUUGUGUGAUCAGCAGCGCAAAAGUGAAACAUCUUGUGACACACCUGGUGACACAGAUAUCCCAGAGCAAACUGGCACAGAGACUGAACCAGCCAGGAAGGAAGGAGACUCAGCUGAGAGCGAGGCUACCCUCAGUGUCCCCAGUGACCACUCUGAUGAUCAGUCUGAGCAGCCGGAUCCAUCGGAGACAAACAUAAGCUGUGAGGAGGACAGUGAGGCGAGCAGCAGCAGCAGCUGUGAUGGAGUGAGCUCAGUCAGAGACAGGCAGAUCUCUUCUUCCAGUAAUUCCCCCGACUUGUCAACAGAGGGUGGUGCUGACAUUUCAGACCAUGCUGAGACUGCGUUAGAGCCUGGAGAACAUGACUAACCAGAAGCUCAACGUACCAACUGACUUCCUUUUUUUUUUUUUUUUUUUUUUACACUGUAUGAUACCAACCCAAGGGUAUAUUUGUAGCACUGUGGACCUUUUAGGCACCAGGACCAAAAGUGACAUGGAAUUGAGACUCCUCACAGAAGGAUCUUAAGCUCUCUUCUGCUUCAGCCUCUUACGACCAUUUGUCCGCUGGUCUUUAAACUGGAAGGAGAUUAUUUGAAAGAAAUCAUGGAGACUGCCUUUUUUCACUAUUAACAAAAAAAGUCAGAUUUUUUUUCCCCUGAUUUCUAUAUUUGAACUUAUAAUUUAACCUUGAUAAUGUAUCUUUGUAUUUCAUUCGUCAUUUAUUUCCAAGGAGAUCCAUUUGACAGAAGUGUGUUUUAGCCUAAGCACAGUAGUUUUGACUUCUGUUUUUUUUAUGAACUCAUCUCUUUAUGUGUGAAUGAGGAAACUUGUCAUUGAAAAUAUGAAGCAAAACCU